UCCUUAUUUCCUCUGAGACGCUGAAGACUGAUGAACUAUUGAACAGGAGCCGUUCAGAGAUGUUUGCGCUCCUGUUCGUCUGUGGAAUGCUUUUCGCUCAAGCUCGGGGUUGGUCUGAGCCGCGGAUCAGACUGAACUCUGGAGCUCCGGUCGAUACGGACAUGAUUCUUGACUCUGGUUCUCUUCUUCAUCUGAUCUGUGAAGGUGACGGCCCGGUUACAUGGCUUCCCCGACUGGCCAAACACAAGCGUUUAAUCUCCAAGGAGGUUGGAAACGUCCGGAGUUUCCGUGUGGAAAAAGCCACGGUGGAAUUUACAGGAACAUACAAGUGCGUCUAUAUGAACAGAAAUGAUUCAAACGAGUCAUCUUCGGUUCAUGUGUUUGUUAGAGAUCCCCGAAUUCUCUUCGUCUCGCCGAGUACGUCUCUGCGUUAUGUGCGGAAAGAAGGUGAAAAUCUGACGCUCCCGUGUCUUCUGACCGACCCCGACGCCACGGACUUCACCUUCCGCAUGGAUAACGGCUCAGCGGUGCCCUACGGAAUGAACGUGACCUUUGACCCCAAAAAGGGUGUCCUGAUUCGCAACGUUCAGCCUGGAUUUAACGCCGACUACGUUUGCAGCGCUAGAAUCAGAGGGGUUGAGAAAGUGUCGAAGAUAUUCUCGAUAAACGUCAUUCAACGAUUACGUUUCCCACCGUAUGUGUUUCUGAAGAGAAGCGAGCAUGUCAAACUGGUGGGAGAGAGAUUUCAGAUCAGCUGCACCACAAACAACCCCAACUUUUACUACAACGUCACAUGGACGCACUCCUCUACAACGCUGCCCCGAGCAGAAGAGAAAUCGACGAUGGAAGGGGACCGUUUGGCCAUCGAGAGCAUCCUGAUCAUACCGGCUGUUCAGCUGUCUGAUUCGGGUAACAUCACCUGUACGGGUCAGAACGAGGCCGGAGCAAACAGCUCCACCACACAACUGAUGGUCGUGGACGAGCCGUACAUUCGACUCUCCCCGAUGCUCUCGUCUAAACUCACUCACCGCGGUCUGUCCAUCGAGGUGAGCGAAGGCGAAGAUGUGGAUCUCAGGGUUUUGAUCGAAGCGUAUCCACCGCUGAUCUCACACCAGUGGGUGACUCCAACAUCCCACAAUGCCUCGCUCCCAGAGAACAGGUUUUACAACUAUAACGACAGGUACGAGGCGCUGUUGUUCCUCAAGAGACUGAACUUCCAGGAAACCGGCCACUACACACUCUACGUCAGGAGCAGCAUGAAAAAUGCCUCCAUUUCUUUUGAUAUUAAAAUGUACACGAAACCUGUAGCGACGGUGAGAUGGGAGAACGUCACCACUCUGUCAUGCAGGUCUUACGGAUAUCCGGCUCCCAGCAUCCUCUGGUACCAGUGCACAGGAAUCAGAACCACCUGUCCAGAAAACUCCACGGGUCUUCAGCCCAUCCAGACGCAGACGCUGGCGUUUCAUAAGGAUCCGUACGGGUCGGUGGGUGUGGAGAGCGUCCUGACCGUGGGACCGUCCAACCAGAGGAUGACCGUGGUGUGCGUGGCCUUCAAUCUGGUGGGACAAGGCAGCGACACCUUCGCCAUGGACGUCUCUGAUCAGCUCUUCACCAGCGCUAUGUGUGGAUCUAUAGUCGCGAUGGUGGUUCUAGCGCUGCUGCUCAUCUUCAUGAUCUACAAGUACAAACAGAAACCCAGAUAUGAGAUCCGCUGGAAAAUCAUUGAAGCCACAAAUGGAAACAACUACACCUUCAUUGACCCAACACAACUGCCAUACAAUGAGAAAUGGGAGUUUCCUCGAGACAAACUAAAGCUCGGAAAGACUCUAGGAGCAGGAGCCUUUGGGAAGGUGGUGGAGGCCACAGCCUACGGCCUGGGCAAAGAGGACCACGUCACUCGUGUAGCUGUCAAAAUGCUGAAAGCCAGCGCUCAUCCAGACGAGCGAGAGGCUCUGAUGUCCGAGCUGAAGAUCCUCAGUCAUCUCGGGCAGCACAAGAACAUCGUGAACCUGCUGGGCGCCUGUACACACAGCGGUCCUGUGCUGGUGAUCACAGAAUACUGUUGUCAUGGUGAUCUUCUGAACUUCCUGCGUAGCAAAGCUGAGAACUUUUUGAACUUCGUCAUUACGAUUCCCAAUCCGGCGAUGGAUUAUAAGAACGUCAACACUGAACGAAUGUUUCUCAGAAGUGACAGUGGGAUUUCCAGUACUUGCUCUGAUAAUUAUCUGGCCAUGAGACCAGCCUCAUCCAGACCUACAAACUCAGCUCAGAGUUCUUCUUUGGACUGUGAGCAGGCUGAGGAUUCGUGGCCGCUGGACAUGGACGACUUACUCAGAUUCUCCUAUCAGGUGGCACAGGGACUCGACUUCCUCGCCGCUAAAAAUUGCAUCCACAGAGACGUGGCGGCCAGAAACGUCCUCCUCACCAACAGCCGAGUGGCCAAGAUCUGUGAUUUCGGUCUGGCGCGAGACAUCAUGAAUGACUCCAACUAUGUAGUCAAAGGAAACGCGCGUCUUCCAGUGAAGUGGAUGGCUCCAGAGAGUAUUUUCGACUGUGUUUAUACGGUUCAGAGUGACGUCUGGUCUUAUGGGAUCCUGCUGUGGGAGAUUUUCUCAUUGGGUAAGAGCCCGUAUCCCAACAUACUGGUGGACUCCAAGUUUUAUAAAAUGAUCAAAUGUGGCUAUCAGAUGUCCAGACCUGACUUUGCACCUCCGGAGAUGUACACCAUCAUGAAGAUGUGCUGGAACCUGGAAGCCGCUGAGAGACCAACAUUCAGUAAGAUCAGUCAGCUGAUCGAGAGGAUGCUGGGAGACACAGAAGAUCAACAGGAGACACAGUACCAAAAUGUCCAGUCCAAUGCACAUGAUGACCAACAACUAGAGUCAUGUGACCCUGUGAAGCAUGAAGAGGAGUCAUUUGAGACGUCAUGUGACCAGGAAGAAGAGGAUCAGCCGCUCAUGAAACCCAACAACUACCAGUUCUGCUGAGGGCUUAACUAAGCAUCUAACUAACUAAAGCGGGAUCUUCUGUCUUAACAACAACAGCAGUCGCACAAUCCGUCCACAAAUGCAUGCAUGUGAACAGAGAUGUGACCUGUCAUCAGACACACUCGGUGUGUGAUUUUACACGCUCUGCCUUUGUACUGUAGCUCUGCUUGCUUGAAAUCUCGUAAACAGUCUUGAACUCGUCUGCAGAGUUGAAGCGUGUUUAAUCCAACCGGUUUCACUUCUCAGCAAAGUCCAAAACCUCCAAACCUCGGAUUUGUUUGUCGUCCGAUGUGCCUUUUUGGUAAACGUGCGUCUUUAUUUGUUACGGGACUUCUCUGUUGCCAAGGUUGGAAAGCAGCUUGUUCAGCGUUUUUAAUGCAGCUGCUGCAUGUUCCACUUCCACUUUAUACUUGAUCUAAAUCAUUCAGUCAUGUUUCUUCCUUUAAAAUCACUGAAAAUGACCACAGACUCACAAAACUCUUUUUGUGCAGCUAAAAUAACUAGAAGCGAAUGACACCGGUAGCCUCGCCUAUUCAAGAUACAAAUGGCCACAUUCUUACGUUAAAAAUAAAGUGUAUACAGCAUAUACAGCCUACUUUUUUUUUUUAAAUUGUCAGUGCAACAGUAUGCUAUAACAGCACAUUUGGCUAUUACAGUUUUUUUUUUUUUUUGCAUUAAAAUUUUGCUUUUUUUUUUGGUAUUUUAAUUUUUUUUUUUUAAUUAAUAUUGUUAUUAUUAUUGCAUUUAAUUUUUUUCCAUUUUAAUUCAUUUCGCAUUAGAAUUUAGCAUUUCAUUUCUUUUUUCCAUUUUAAUUUAUUCUGCAUGCAUUUUGCAAAUUAUUUUGAACUCACCUGUAACCGUCAUGCCAACACAGGUUGAGUUUCACACGGCUGAAGGUAAUCAGUGCAGGUCAGAGGACGGAUAUGAAAUCUUUCUGUCCCCUGCUCUAGUUCUUAGUCAAUCUUUGUAGGCAAACACAGUAUUUUAUUGCUUCCCGCAGUGAUUACUGUCAUUUGGAGUGAUAGUGUGAGGUCAGCGCAGGUUUGGAGGACAGAUUCAUGUCUCCAACGGGUGAAAUAUUGACAUGCUGUUGGUGCAAUAAUGUUUCGGCAGAUCAUUGUCUUAUUUCAGAUAACUGAGGGUCAAAGGUUAAAUGCGUUCUCAUUUACCACUGAAGCCUUAGGAAUAGUGAGGAAAACAAUGACUGACGGUGCAGAAACCAUUUCAGGAAGAGAAACUAACCAUUUGCUUUUCCUUUAAUGUGAAAUGAAAGGUAGACAGUUUCAUUGCAUUUUCAUAUGCAUAUGUACACUCGAUUAUUUUGAUGUGCAGGAAAUGUUUAGAUAGCAGAAAUAAUGUAAGCUGAAUGUCACAUUUUAUUUUCAAACAAGAGUAAAACUCUCAGACAGGAACAUCUGUUGUUUUUUUUCUGUAGUUUCUUAACUGUUUAACUUAACCGUCAAAUGAAGCAUCAGAACUGCCAGAGUAACUUAAAUUAAACUUUAGGUUGCUCAGAGUAACUUAAUGUGUGAUUAAGUAGUCAAUGAAGCAGUAUACGCCAUACCUUAGAACAUUCAGCAAUUUGAUUUAAUUUUAAUUUCAUUUUCAAACGUUUAAUUUGGUUGCAAUUUAAUUUUGCAAUUUAGUUUCACAUUUUUCAAAACUUACUUUAGUUGCAAUUUGAUUUGACAUUUUGCAUUUUUAUUUCAUUUUCAAACGUUUAAUUUGGUUGCAAUUUAAUUUCACAUUUUGCAUUUUAAUUUCACUUUUAAAACGUUUAAUUUGGUGGCAAUUUAAUUUUGCAAUUUAAUUUCACAUUUUUCAAAACUUUAGUUGCAAUUUGAUUUAGCAAUUUGACAUUUUGCUUUUUAAUUUCAUUUUCUAACUUUUACUUUAGUUGCAAUUUAAUUUCACAUUUUGCUUUUGCAUUUUAAUUUCAUUUUCACACAUUUACUUUAAUUCAACUCUCAAACAGAAAAAAAAUCUAUGUCAUUUUUUCUGUAGUUUAUUAACAGUUUGAAAUUGGUGAAUCUUUGACAAAACAGUCUGGACUGAACUCUCAAAUAAAGCAUCAGACACACUGCCAUUGUAACGUUAGGUUGCUUAAAAUGUGAUUAACCUGAUGUUUUCCUUCUCAAAGCACAAACUGCCAUGUGUAUAUGUUUAUAUUACAUCCUUAUAUCAUUAUUCUUAUGUAACAAUGUUUUAUGGUUUGAAGUUCAAUUAUGUGAGAUUUGAUCAUUAUAAUGACGUCUUUUCUCAGUGUUUAUCUGUGUGUUAAUAGUUCCCAUGAGUCUUAUCGUAAUGAGUUUUGCACCUUUGAUAUCUACACAUCUGUAUAUUUUAGUUUUACUACAGAACUUGCUACUGAAAGCUACUAAUAAACCAUGGAAAUGUCA